UGACGUAUGCGGUGGCUCGUCGUGUUCGCAACAUCCGUCAAAAUAACCCACGGGAAAGGCCAAAAAUGGCGUUUCAACGAUAAUAAACCCACCAAGUUGUUCCUCACUGGUUGUCGCAACAUUCACCAUUUUAUCCAUCUCUCAUUUUUUUUUAUAUCACACAUUACGGGGAUUGCAUCGAUUUUAAUCCAGAUUGAUCGAGCGAAGAAAUUCCGAACUACUUUCCCCGGUUGACCAAACGGAGAAAAUUGGCGCGGGUUAUUUGUUUUGUUUAUCCUCUCGACAUUUGUGAAUUCAGAGAAAGAACUAAAAAUGCAAUCGGUGGAGCAACUGCGACCGGAGGAGCUGGUGGGUUUGGUGGCUCGAUCAGCUGAGGGUACAGCAGCCAAGGGGAUGUCGAUAAAAGGAAAUGAGGAUCUUUGGGUUGAGAUUCAGGCGAAUACCUUCAGAAAUUGGGUGAAUGAACACUUGAAACAUGCUGGUGAUGCUGGAGGUGGGCCUGUCAUUGAUCUAGCUGAGGACUUUCGGGAUGGUACUAGACUUUGUGCACUUGUUGAAGUCCUGACUAAACGCAGAUUGCCCAGGUGGAACCCAAGACCUGCUAAUCAGCACCAUCACCUGGAGAACGUAUCCACUGCACUCCAGGCUAUUGAGGCUGACGGCGUCAAGCUCGUUAACAUCGGUAACGUUGACAUUGUCAAUGGUAAUUUGAAGUUAAUUCUCGGUCUCAUAUGGUCUCUCAUUGUCAGAUACCAAAUUGGCAAAUCCAAGUUCCCACCGAGGAAACUCAUGCUCGCUUGGCUCAAGGCUGUUCUUCCGGAGUGCAGGGUAAAUAAUUUUACCACUGACUGGAAUUCAGGGGUUUAUCUCAGUGCAUUACUAGAUUAUUGUAAUCCUGGAUUAUUUCCCCAUUGGAGACAAUUGGAUCGUACCGAUAGUGUUUACAACUGUCGAAAAGCUAUGGAAAUAGCUAAACGUGAAUUCGACAUUCCAGUGGUGCUAGAACCCGAGUAUCUGGCAUCACCCUAUCUCGAUGAGCUAUCUGGUAUGACAUAUCUCUCCUACUUCAUGAAGGAGGGUUCACCAGGUUUCCACGCAACCCUCAGAUGGGUCAACUCCCAACUCACUCAUGCGCCAGUUCGGAAUUUCACGACUGACUGGAAUAACGGUCGAGCGCUCUGCAGUAUUGUGAGGAAUCUAGGGGGACCAGCCCCCAUGUAUGACAAAAUAAAUCCUGAUCCCUCAUACUGGGAGUCAAAUAUCCAGCAGGGAAUCGAUGGUGCCAAGAAGCUUGGAGUUGAGCCCAUUCUCAAGGCUAAAGACAUGGCUGAUCAGAAUGUUGAACAUUUGGGUGUCAUGGCAUAUGCUGCGCACUUCCAGUGGGUUAAGCCUCGCCCUCAGGCCAGCGAGCAAAUUGCUGUUCACAUUGAAAGUACAUCGGCCAGGGUUCAACAGCCGGCAAUAUUUAGAUUAGAAAUGCUAUCAAAAGAGGCGAAUUCUCGAGAGGUUCGUGGUGAGAUAAUAAGCCCCUCAGGAAAGGUAGAGUGUCGACUCACCUGGAACGGCAUCCACGGGAAAGGCACCUUCGUCCCUACCGAAGUUGGAAUGCACAAGUUGAUGGUGUAUAACGACGGUGAGCUCGUCAACGGCUGUCCCUACUACUUCAGGGUGUUACCUCCGUUAACAAAAAUAAAAUCCCCGGGUAUGGAUCCAUGCGCUAUUGGUUCCAUCGUCGAGGUUCUAGUCAACAGUUACGGAACUAGUCAUGACGGCAUUGACGUUACCGCUUGGUCCCCCACAGGACGAUCUCUGCCUUGUCCCGUCAAAGAAAACGGUGGAGUUCACACUGCGACAUUUCAACCCGACGAAACAGGGGAAUGGAGCAUUGCAAUAACCCAUAAAGGAACUCACAUACAAGGCGGUCCAUUCACCUGUUUCGUUUUCGAUCCCAAUGGAAUAAAAUUGCUCGACACUGAGGGCGCAAUGCCAGGUCAGCCCUUAUCAUUUAUCGUCGAUGCAACAGGCACUGGUGGCCUCGGAGACAUCAACAUUGAUAUCGUUCACGAUAAACAAUCGAUUCCAUUCAGGAUGGAAGAUAUUGGACAUAUGAGAUACAGAGUCUCUCUGCAUCCACGAGACGCCGGAAAAUACAGGGUCUACCUCUACUUCAACGGCUCCGACGUUCGUGGCUCUCCAAUUUCCAUUCGUGUUGGUACACACAAGAGCAGACGAUCAAGAGAAAAUUCCAAGCUCGAAAGUUCAAAAUCGUCCCUCGAAAAACGAAUGAAUGGUUUAAACAUCACUGAUUCUCCAUCACAAAAACGACAAUCUCCCGUGUACAAAAGCAGCGCGCAACCCCAACGAUCAUCAGAGAGUCCAACCCAGAACUACCGAGACUACUCUCAUCACCAGUCGUAUAAAACCUCCAACUACUCAACUGAAAACUCUUCAGCCUAUCACGUACCAAGCCCUCUGAACAACUCGAGAUCACCACUCCCCUCGAGUCCCUCUCUGAUCAAAGAAUCCAGAGAGAUCUACUCGUCCUCUUUCAAUCGGUCUCGAUCUCCCAACGCCCAGAGUCCAAGUUUAAUUAAAGAGUCUAAAGAUAUCUACGCGUCAAGUGCACUGAAUCGAUCGAGAUCACCAAAUACUCCAUCCAAUACCAUCAGAGAUACUCAGAGCUCAACUCUUAUCAAGGAAUCUAAGGAUAUCUAUCAAUCCUCUUCAUUUAAUCGAUCACGAUCUCCUGUCACCACUCCAUUGGGAUUCAGACCUUCUAAUGGAAGCCCAAUAAACAGGAGUUUCAGUCCUAGAGUGAGUAAUGAGAAGGAUUUUGGGAGGAGAAGAGGAUCAGUUGAUAAUGGGGUUAUUGAUACUAGCAGCAAUGUCAGGGUUUCAUCCAGUGGAGGACCCAGGAGAGACUCUUGGGACGCCAUUGCCAAGACUCGAGCCAUGCUGAGUUAUGGGAGUCUCGAGUCUUUGGCUAAUCUUGCUAAUUCCUCAUCAGUGGAGAACAACACUAAGGUUAAUGGCAAUUAUCGCAAUGAGAGGAGUGACAGGAGUGAAUAUAAUAAUUAUGCGAUUAAUCAUGUGAGUCAUGUGGAGAAUUCUAGUAACUAUUCCAGUCAGAGGUUUACUGGUGCUGAUUACGGUAGUUCGAUAAAGUUCAAUGGGGAGAAUGGCAAUGGAAGAGGCUACACUCAUGGAAUCCUCAAGAAUAAAAAUAAUAAUUAUUAUAAGAGUGAGAAAAAUGUUGAUGGGAUUGAUGGGGUCAGCGAGAGGUUCAGCAAUGGAGCGAGUUUUGUGAUGAAUCAGGAGAAGAGGCAGGGGAAUUCUUUGGCGACUGGAAGUGCUUUGGAGGUUCUGCCGGUGCAUAAACCUACGAGUUUUACGAUAGAUCCUAGUAUUGAUGCUGGGAAAACUACUGUGACAAUUACUGGACCCAAUGGAAAACAAGUUUCGUACCAAAAAUCAACCUUAAGAGGUCAAACGUAUACUGUAACAGCUGACAAUGUUGGAGAACACAUAAUUCAGAUUAUGGUAAAUGGACAACAUAUAAAGGGCUCUCCAUUCAGGUCUCAAGCAUAUGAUGCUAAAGCUAUUCAAGUGGAUAAUAUUCCUGAUGGAGUUGUCAACCAACCGGUGGAAUUUGAAAUCGAUGGCUCAAGAGCUGGCUCCGGAAACUUAGAAAUUCUUGUAAAUGGCGGUCAUGUGACGAGUUUUGUACGUGCACUCGGCAGUCAGAGAUUUCUGGCAUCAUUUGUACCACAUGAGGCUGUAACUCAUCUCGUGGAGAUGACUUUCAAUGGCGAAACUGUCCCUGGUUCACCUUGGCGAGUGGGAAUCAUGCCUGGUCCGAAGAUGUCAGUCCUGGGGGACUCGGUCAGGCUGGUACCCGCUGGCAGUCCCGCGUUAUUCGAACUCUCCGCCCUUGGCUUCACCAGUAAAGAGAUUGACGUGCAGAUAAUAACGCCUUCUAAGCGACAUACACCUGCACGUAUCGAUGAGGAGCCAGGGCGACCCGGAGAGUUUCGGGUUGAAUUCACACCCAACGAGGUUGGAAGUCAUCUUGUGGAGGUGAGGAUCGCGGGACAAAAGCUACCGGCUGGACCACUCAUCGCCAAAGUUUAUAAUAGCAGUCUCAUUCAAGUAACUGAUGUGCCGAGUGCCGUUGUUGGUCAUGCCUGUCAGUUCAGAGUUGACGCGAGUGCCGCGGGUGAAGGUCAAUUAGAAAUAUCCAUAAAUGAGGGCGAGGUACCAAAUCACGUGCAAGUGGUUGGUGGAGGUCGUUGCCUCGUAUCAUUUACUCCUGACAUUGCCAAACCCCAUUUGAUAGACAUCAAGUUCAAUGGCGAAGCAGUACCAGGUUGUCCCUUCGUCUGCAAUGUAUCCGAUACAAGCAGGGUAAUUCUGAGUUUAAAUCAUCUGGAGCUCAUUCCUGUCGAUCAGCCCGCUAGCUUUCAUAUGGCUGUUGAUGGGAGUGGAAGUGCAGAAUUGGCCGUUUCCGUUAGGGGGCCAACGAUAGAAUUACCUGUAAAAGUAACAGGCAAUAUUCACAGUGGAUUCACAGCUGAAUUUACUCCUCGUGAUGUUGGAGUACAUUCAAUAAGUGUUGAGUACAAUGGCCACCCUGUCAAUGGUACGCCAUUCCUAGCGAAGGCAUUCAACGCUGAUAAAGUGUUAAUUGGACCAGUUGCAAGGGGUAAUGUCGGUCAGCCAACUCAUUUCACUGUGGAUGCCAGUCAAGCAGGCGAAGGAAACCUCGAGAUAACAAUAUCCGCCCGUGGUCAAAACAUCCCCACUCAGGUAACUCCCCAGGGUAACGCUCGGUUCUCCGUAAGUUUCGUUCCCUUCGAAGCUUGCGAGCAUGUUAUAAACAUAGCGUUUAAUAAACGAACCGUACCUGGAUGUCCAAUAAUAACUCGAGUGGGUGGUGACAGUCAUGUAACUGUCAGUGGGCAGGCACUUAGCAGUGCUGCACUCGGUCGUCAAAGUCACUUGACCGUCAGUAAUGUUUCCGGUAGCUUGGAAGAUUUAGAAGUUAACGUUGAAGGACCCAAUGGACAGGCUGUACCAGCACAAGUCACUGACAACAAAGACACUACCUGCAGCGUUGCAUUUACACCGAGAGUUGUUGGUGAGCAUAGAAUAUCAGUGAGCCAUCGAAAUGUACCGGUUGUUGGAAGCCCAUUCAGCUGUAAAGUUUAUGAUGUUACGGCUAUCAAAGUUAAAGAUGCUCAACGAGGUGUUGUGGGGUUGCCAGUUACCUUCUUAGUGGAAACCAGCCAAGCGGGACCAGGGAAUCUUGAGGUAACUGUCAAUGGGGGGAGAGUGCCUACGUCAGCCCAAGCACAGGGUCCUCACACCUAUGCCAUAUCUUUCACACCGAGGGAAGCUGUCGUCCACACUGUGGACCUUAGAUUCAACGCCGAAGAUGUCCCUGGCAGUCCAUUCAGCUGUCAAGUGAGUGACACAGCGAAGGUGAUGAUCACCGAGGGUCUGGAGAAAGUAUCGGUGAAUCGUUUGGCAACAUUCAAUAUCGAAGCUGAUGCAUCUCUGGGUAGUCCAACGGUGGAGGUGCUCUCGCCCACGCGAGAAAGUAUACCGGUGCAAAUAAAACAGGGCAUUCACGGUUCAUACACAGCAGGAUUUACGCCGAAGGAUGUUGGUGAUCAUAGUGUUGAAGUUAAAUUGGGUGGAUCACACAUUGAGGGAAGUCCGUUCCUCGUCAAGGCAUAUAAUGCGGAUAAAGUUAAAGUUACGGACAUCAACAGCGGAGUUGUCGGGAAGCCAGUAUUCUUCAGUAUUAACGCCAGUCAGGCGGGAGCAGGCAAUCUCGAAAUAAUCGUCGCAGUGAACGGUAAGAACGUUCCCAACUACGUUCAAAGCGAAGGCAAUGCAAAGUUCCGAGUGAAUUUCAAGCCCCAAGAAGCGGCAGUCCACAGUCUGAGUGUUCGUUUCAACGGUGAACCAGUGCCUGGUUCUCCAUUCAGUUGCAAAGUCGUUGGGGCCGGUCAAGCCGUAAUAACAGGGAGUAAUUUAAAAAUGGGAGCAGUCAAGCAACAGAUCUCCUUUACAGUAGAUCCACAGGCUCCAUCAAUCAACUGCGAUGUUAUCGUAACACCUCCAUCGGGAAUAGCUAUUCCAAUAACAAUUGAACCGAUUGAGGGACGCUACAACAUAAGCUUCACCCCCACAGAAGUUGGUCGACACAACGUCAGUGUCUUCGUGGAUGGUGAACCAAUUAAAAAUUCUCCUUUUCCCUGCAACAUUUAUGAUGUCACGAAGGUACAUGUGUCGGGCUUGACCGAGGCCAGAUUGGGCCAGGCAACGACAUUCACAGUGGAUGCUGCCGAGGCUGGGGAAGGUACCCUGGAACUCGUCGUCAGCACGAACAACAAUACAGUCAAGGCAGAAGUGGUGGCCUGUGCCCGAGGGCUCUACGAUGUGACAUUUGUCCCCCAAACAACUAGCACUCACUACGUAAAUAUUUCAUUCAACGAUGAUAAUGUACCAGGAAGUCCCUUCAAAUGUCCAGUAGUGGGUGGUGGAUUAGAUGGACCAACAGUCAUCAGAGUUGGAAGUACUGCGUACAUGGACCUCGAUAUGCCAAGACUCGAUGGUCCGGUGUCUGCCGAAGUCACUGGGCCUGAUGGAAUUAUUAUUCCCUGCACAUUGACUAAAUUAUCCUCAACUUUGUACAGAGUCGAGGUCCGAACGAGACAAGUUGGAAGCUAUAACGUUAUCUUCAGUGAUGGGCACAAGAUUAUUAGCUCUCAGUCAUUGCAGGCGUUUGAUCCGAGUAAAGUUACGAUUAAAGAGAUCACCGAUGCUAUUUGCCAUCGACCAGGAACGAUUGUAGUUGUGGCGUCGAAGGAGGCAGGACCAGGAAAAAUCGUGGCGUCUGUUAGAGCUGGAGGUGUUGAUGUGGAUCAUGUUGUCAGGGAGAGUGAGAGUGGAGUUUAUGAGGUCAUCUUUCAUCCUACCAAGGCUGCUCCUCAUCGGGUUCAUAUUAAGUACAAUGAUGUGCAUAUCCAGGGGAGUCCUUUGGAAGUGGCUGUCAGGGGACCUACCGGUGGCAGAGAAGUCACUGCUACUGGUCUUGGCUUGUACCAGUCGUGUAUCGGUAAAGUCACGUCGUUCACUAUUGAAACAUUGGGGAGACCAGGCAAGGAGUUUGAUGUGGUGAUCAGUGGACCGCAGGGAAAUGCUGUACCUGUCCGGUGCUACCAGCAUCGAGAUGGAAAUUUGUUGGCUGAAUUUACUACGAAUUCUAUCGGAAUCUACAAGAUUGAUGUUCUACAAGGUGCGAAGCCCAUCCUGGGUUCUCCAUUCUUCUGUCAAGCAUUUGAUCCAAAUAAAGUGAAACUGCAGGAACUAGGACCCACCACUGUAUCUGUUCACGACCGUAUUGCUUUCAAACUGAUUAAAAGUGAGGCUGGUGUAGCAGAUUUGGAUGUGACUGCCACAAGUCCUUUGGGACAAGAACUUCCACUUCAGGUGACACCACUCAACGACGGAGCUGAAAUGAUUGAAUUUUCACCGAGUGUUCCUGGAUCUUACAUGAUUAAUGUGACCUAUGGAGGAACACCGAUUCAAGGCACCCCAUUGGUAUGCACUGUGGAGUCGGCGGGUCAGGCCCGUGCAAAGGGCGAAGGCUUGUUGAGUGGACACGUGGGUAAACCGGCUCAUUUCAUUGUUACGGGAACUCGAAGUCCUCCAGCAGUGCAGGUUGACGGUCCAGACAGUGUAUCAAAGCCAUCAAUUGAGGCAGGAGCUAAUCCAGGCAUCUGGAACAUCUCUUACACCCCGACAGAAGUUGGUGUAUUCGAUGUUCGAGUUGUUUGCGCAGGCCAGCAGUUACCAGGAUCCCCUUGGCACCCAAAAAUCAUCGACACGAGGAACCUAAGAGUCAUCGGCGGUUGGGCAGCUAUUUGCGACGACGUUGGUCGCCUCAAACUGUCCCCGAACAGUAAAAUAAGUUUCGACACAGCUGAAGCAGGACCUGGAGAGCUAACAGGGACCAUUGACGAUCAUCCCAUUAACUUUGAGAUGACGUCCAACAAUAGACUGAAGUUAAUCCUCCCACAGCUCAACGGUGGAGAGCACCAGAUGGAAAUUUUGUUCAAUGGUGUUCCUUUCCCAGGAGCUCCAAAGCUAGCAGUAGUUCAGGAACUAGAACCCCCAGUGCAAGAUACUAGUAGAGUCAUGCUCAGAGGUAGAGGACUGACAUCAGCCAAAGUUGGUGAGGAAGUUAGUUUUACAAUCGAUGGAUCACAAGCCGGCAAUGGCACCCCAAAAGUCCAGCUUUUCUCACCCACAAAUGAAGUGAAUGUCCUAUUGCAACAUCUUGGAGACAGUGUUUAUCGUGCCAGUUACAUUCCCUUGACAUCCGAGUCUCUUUUAAUGACUGUCUCGUGGAAUGGAAGGCAAUUGAAAGGAUGUCCUCUUCAAAUCAAUGUUACGAGUGCUGCAGAUGCUUCGAGGGUAAUCUGUUCGGGUGACGGACUGAAGAAUGGAAUUGUUGGACAAGAAAUCCGAAGUUUCAUUGAUACGAGGAGAGCAGGCCCAGGGGAGUUGACAGCUCAUUGCGUGGGACCGCACAAAGUCGCGUAUUGCGAGCUUUAUGAUCAUGGCGAUGCGACUUUCACUCUAAAUGUUAAACCACAGGAGGCUGGGAGACACGCCCUAACGAUAAAAUAUGCUGGUGAACACGUGCCUGGCUCGCCAUUCACUCUGAGGGUUUCAGGAGCUCCUGAUGCUUCUAAAGUGAGAGUUUAUGGACCAGGCAUUGAGCACGGAGUCUUAGCGACAUUCCAAUCUCGAUUUAUCUGCGACACCCGAGGGGCUGGGGCAGGACAACUGACUGUACGAGUCAGAGGGCCAAAAGGUGCAUUCCGAGUGGAAAUGCAGAGAGAAACCCAAAAAGACAGAAUAAUUCUCUGUCGUUAUGAUCCAACCGAACCUGGAGAUUACAGAGUUGAAGUUCGUUGGGCUGGAGUUCUCGUUCCUGGCUCACCUUUUCCAGUUAGAAUUGUUGAUACGCAGGAUGAAUUACUGGUACUCACUCAGACACCAGAUACUUAUUCAACGGGCCAUCAUACAUUAACUUCCUGGCGAGGAUCCCAAGCGAUUCUCUAACAUUUCCAUGUUAAUCCUGUUAUUAUCGAUUUUUUUUCAUAAACUAAUAAUAAAUAUUAUAUAAUAUAUCAUAUUAUAACUUA